AUGAAGUCCAUGGCUUAUGUAGAGUUUGUGAUUGGCAGCAGCUUCUUGCAAGAUCUCAGGAUAAUGUUGAUUGGUAAAACCGGAGCUGGAAAGAGUGCAUCAGGAAACACAAUCCUAAAAGGAAAGAUGUUUAAAGAAAAACAUGAUUUUGAAUCUGUGCCAUAUACUAAUACAUGCCAAAAACAUCAGCAGAACGGGAUCACUGUGAUUGACACCCCAGGGAAGUUUGAUACAGACAUAAGUGAAGAUCAACUGAAGGAGGAGAUGGAGAAGUGUGUCAACAUGUCUGUUCCUGGUCCUCAUGUGUUUCUGCUGGUCAUCAGACUGGAUGUGAGAUUCACAGAUGAAGAGAAAAAUACUGUGAAAUUGAUUCUGAAAAACUUUGGAGAAAUGGCUGAUGAUUACACUAUGGUUCUGUUCACUAGAGGAGAUCAAUUAAACAAACCCAUAGAUAAGUUUCUGACAGAAAAUAUACAGAUGAAUGAGCUUGUUAGACAGUGUAAAUCCAGGUAUCAUGUUUUCAAUAACAAAAAUCAAAAAGCAAAGCAGGUUGAUGAACUGUUUGAGAAGAUGGUAAAAAUGAUGAUGGAGAACGGUAGAGAGCAUUAUACAAAUAUGAUGUACAUGGAAGCUCAGAAGAGGCAGAGAGAGGAAGAAGAGAGACCGAGUUUGAAAGAAGAAAACACUAUAGGAUUAUGGGGGGUUGUAGGUGUGGUAAUAGUAAUAUUAAUUGUAAUAGCAAUAGUUAUGGUUUGCCUCAGUGAAGGUAAGACUGCAGACUGGAAAGCUCAAGUAGGAGAGGCUAGAAGGCCUAUUAUAAAAAAGGAUAAGGGCAUUUUUUUUAAAUGUUAAUUGACCUACAUUUCAAAUUAAAAACUUCCCUGCUGAAAAAAAUACUACAAUCACAUGUUGCUCUGCCCACCCCCAUUUCCAUUUGUUUAUAAUAAAAUGGAGCUUAUUAGUGUAGAUGCUUGAACAUGCGCAUUAUUGGUUAUGAAUGUUCUACACUGUUAGCGUGUACGACAGAAAUAGUAAGCACUAACCACAGUGAUUUUAGUUAGAAGGGGAAACAACAGUCGAGGAAAACAAGACAGGACCACAACUGAUGGUACAACAGAGAUUGUCAGAAUAAGAAAAACAAUUCAACUUAUGUGAAAACAGGAGGAUUUGAAUAAGAAAAUUAUGAGAAUGCUGAAAGAAAUGAUUGAGUUGGUGAACUUUAAUUUGGAGUUGCAAUCUCUCCCAAAUGAUGUCAGAGCUUUAAGACUGCAAACAGCUACCACAAAACCUGUAUAGCCUUAAAAGGCAGAAAUGAGAUAUACAUUCUGUUAAAGUUUGCGCAACAGUUAAAACUGCCACAUAUGUAUGCUUUUUUUUUUUACAGCAUUGCAGAACAGACCUUCUUUCUAAGCUUUGUAUGGUAAUAUAUUUUAUUUAAUCUUAGUUUAAAUGAUGUCAUAGAGUUUAGAAAUAGUUAUUUGCCAUAGCCUACACCUUAAGAUGUUGAAAUUAUCUAGAUUAAAACUAGAGAUAUAUUAACCUGCUUUACUGAAAAAAAGAUGCAAUUGCUUUAUCUGAACUUGUGCCACUGAAAGGUUGUUACUAGGUUAAAGGUCAUGCUUCCUGUAACUCUUGCAACAUAGAUUCUUGUGUGUGUUUGUGUGGGUGAGUGUGUUCACCAAAAGAGGAACUCAGAAGAGAGAGACAUUUUGGGUUGUGUGUCUAUAAAACUGAGGGGGUUAGAACACAUUCACUGCUGCAAUUUGUGGUGAAGACUUUACCCUCUUUACUUUUAUUAUUAUUUGCUUAUGAGUUAUUGUUUUAAUAAAGCGAAACCAUUUCCUAUGGUGAUAAACUUCUUUUAAA